CAAGCCUGCUGCCACUGCAAAGGAAGUUUCUUUUCCCCCUCUCUGCAUCCAUCCUUUGGCUAUUUUGGCAGUAGGGUUUUGAAUCCGAAAUUCAUGAGGCCGAUACAGCUUCCCGAGCCGCCCAGUCCCACCAGAGGCGUGCCGGAGAUCUUCCAAGAUGGAGCCUAUAGCGUCAUAAGACGCGCCAUCGUCAUCGGAAACAGUUCUCCGAGCUCCGAGAACCAGAGCAUCGGAUUGGUGCGUGCUCUUGGGCUGUACGACAAGCAUGUUCUAUAUCGAGUUACAAGGCCAAGAGGAGGAAUAAAUGAGUGGCUCCACUGGCUCCCAGUUUCUCUUCACAAAAAGUUAGAUUAUCUCAUGUGCCUGGUUCAAAAGUACUCGAGAAUAUUGUUAACAUCACGAGGAAAGAAACUUUUGCCUGUACCUUCAGAAAAUGGCAGCAGUGCCGGCUUGGCAUCUAUUUUAGAAGCUGAUUUGAAGCAGAUUGUGACACUAGCCCGUGAAACUUAUGAAAAGGAAGGUCCUUUGUUGGUUGUUGCAUCUGGCAGAGAUACUGUUUCUAUUGCAAGCUCUAUAAAAUGUCUUGCCUCUGAGAAUGUUUUUGUUGUUCAGAUCCAACAUCCAAGGUCACAGUUGAAUAGGUUUGAUUUGGUGAUCACCCCUCAGCAUGACUUUUAUCCUUUGUCUGCUGAAGCUCAGGAGCAGAUUCCUCGGUUUCUUCAUAGGUGGAUUACUCCUCGUGAGCCUCCUGGUCGGAAUGUGGUCCUUACUUUGGGUUCCCUGCAUCAAAUUGAUGCUUCUGCACUCCGAAGUGCAGCGAUUGCUUGGCAUGAUGAGUUUGCACCUCUACCAAAGCCCUUACUUGUGGUCAACAUUGGCUGGCCUACAAGUCACUGCCGCUAUGGAGUGGAUCUUGGAAAGAUGUUAAUGUGUUCUCUUCUCAGUGUGCUCACAAGCUGUGGGAGUGUCAGAAUAUCUUUCUCGAGCAGGACACCUGAAAAGAUAUCAAAAUUCAUUGUCAAAGAGCUUGGAAAUAAUCCCAAAGUUUACAUCUGGGAUGGUGAAGGACCAAAUCCACACAUGGCACAUUUAGCUUGGGCUGAUGCUUUUGUUGUCACGGCAGAUUCAGUCAGUUUGAUAAGUGAGGUUUGCAGCACUGGAAAACCUGUUUAUGUUACAGGAGCUGAGCGUUGUAAAUGGAAAUUGAUGGACUUCCACAAAUCUUUGAGGGAGCGAGGAGUUGUUCGGCCAUUUACUGGUUCUGAAGAUAUUUCAGUAAGUUGGAGCUAUCCUCCUCUCAAUGACACUGCUGAAGCAGCUAGGCGGGUGCAUGAAGCACUUUCUGAACGCGGAUGGAGUUUGCGGGCAUAGUGAAGCUGUUAAUUAUUCAUUGUUGUAAGCAGUGCUAAUUUUUGUCUCAUUUGAAAGUUGAAGCCUUCAAAAUUUGCGCUCUUCAUUCAACAUACAGGAGCACCAGCUUCAAGCAUGAAUGACUUUUCAACUAAUAUUCUCUCUAGAGGUUUUCAGAUAUGGUAUUCAUCAAAUAAUUAAAGCCUUGGCUCUUUUGUAGGCGGCUUGUGGAAUACAAAGAGGUGCAUGUAUAUUGUUUUGCAGCAUUACUGAAAGCCCCUUUUAGGCUGGUAUUUUUUGAUCAAAUACUAAACCCUUUUAGGCUGAGUUUGAUAUAUUGUUUCACGAUAAUAUUCAUCCUUUUUGUAAAUUAAACGGUGCUACUGAUUGUAUAUUGGUUGCACCCCAGAAAAUGAUAUGAUGAAAUGAAAUUUUACCACAUCUUUUGUUGAAUUCUGAACCUCUUGAAUAAUUCCAGUUCCAAUCC